CUGCAGCGCUAGAGCGCCGCGCGGCGCGGGGCACGCCGGGAAGGCUCAGUCCUCCCCGCGGACGCCCGUCCCGUUGUGCCCGCAGCGCGCGCCGCCAUGAAGCGAUUCGUGCUGAACCCGAGAGACACCGCGAAGCGGCUGUACUCACUCAAAGUAGCCCCGAAAGUGGCGGUGGCAGCGGCUGCAGAGCGGGUGAAGCUGCCCCGGCACAGCGAGGAGCUGGAGAUCACCAAGUUACCGAAUGGGUUAAUUAUCGCAUCUCUGGAGAACUUCUCCCCGGCCGCGAGGAUCGGGGUGUUCAUCAAGGCGGGCAGCAGAUACGAGACCACCACGAACCUGGGAGCCGCUCACCUGCUUCGCCUGGCGUCCCCCCUGGUACGUGCUGCUUCCCAGUCACUGCUGCUGGUGCUGUGUGCAGUGGGAGGAGACUGAGGGCAGCAAGGUGCG